AGGCGGGGGAAGGAAAAACGCGGGUGCCGCUGUUUUUCUUCCUCCCCCACCCCUCGAUUAGGCCAGCGAUUCGAAAUGCAGGAGCUCAAGGCAACAUACAAGGUUCCCUCACUCCAUUUUAUCCUUUCAACAACCCCGUGAGGAUAACCACAUGCUUUGCAAGCAUGAGAUAUGGAAAACUUGGGCUUGGUGAAAAUUGAGCAAGAGGCUGCUUCUGUAGACACCAAUACCAGAGAUGAUCAGAACUCUGUUGGCUGUGAUGUCAGUAAUAACAGCACCAGCAGUCCCUUCUCAAACCCAAAUGGCAUCUCCAGUUUCUCAGGGAAAACCAUCCCUCCUGUAAUACAUUGUGAUGUUGGUCCUCUGUCUUCCUUCAUGCAAGACGCUCAACAGAAUAGCGACUCAGAACUAUUGAAAAACUGUGAAAUAAGGUGGCUGCGAUUGUUCCAGCUGGUAGAGAAGCAAUGCCAAGAACAAAUAGUUGCCCAGCAAAAAGUGUUCUAUCAUCAGAUCCAUCACAUACAGAAUGAAAUCAAACACUUGAUGAAGCUGCAAAGCCAGAAUGUGUGUUUGUGCAAGAAACAAACAUCUCAGGUCAAAUUUGUGAACAGUUUCUCUUCAUUAGAAAGUCAAAUGGGGUUGCAAUCUGAAACCUUUGAAGAAAAUGAGCUCUUUACCAGUCAUCUCAAAACCAGUGAUCAUGAGAGUCAUCUGGAAGCUUCGGCCAUGCCUCCGGAGUGCCUCACGAAUAGUGUUUCAAUGAGCAGUGGCUAUGGCACAUGUUCUGCCGCAGAACUGAGUCCUAGCAAAUAUAAAGACAUUCAGACGUGCAUGGAAGACCCAGAGAAGAUUACCAAAGGAAAGGAAGGUGGAUCACCAGUGCCAGAAGGUCUAGUUACAGCCAGUAUUCAAAACACAAGAGAAUAUACACAAACAGCUGUAGAACACUGUCCAUCAAUGAAAAAAGAUGAUAAAGGUUUUUCUGAUGAAUCUGAGCAUAAGAUCGGCGAAGGUCAUUGUGGAAAAACAAACUGUAAAUCUUUAACAUCGUGGGCUCAAAAAUUAAAGCAAAACCAGCUGAAAAGAACAAAUGUGGAGGAAGGGGAUGUGCAUCCUGUGCAAGUAAAAGAGCACUCACAGACUGUAACAUUGGAGAAUACUAAUCCUACUGCAGCUGUUCCAUCAUCAUCUUACACUUUUUACCUCAAUGAACAAAACGGAAGCCAAAUUUCUUUCAGUUCUGGUACUUCAGGAUUGACAUACUGGAAACUAGAUGAGAAGGAAACGUACCAUACUUUGCCUGAGAACUUCAGAAAUGAAUUUAGUGCAUUUGCUACAAAGAUGUCCUCGGACCAGUUGUCUUCUGGUGAUGAGAUGAAGCCAUCAUCCUUAAAGGAAAUUUAUCAUAAGAAACAAAGGGAAUGUAAACAGCUUGUAGACUGGAACUUUCCCUCCUCACAAUCAACUCACCCUCCUGAGAUCCUGACCCUCGACCCAACAUUGCACAUGAAACCUGGCCAACAGAAUCCAGGACUGCCUCCGCACUCCUCCUACGGGACACCUGACAGGGUUUUGUUUUCUCCAGACUCUAUGGCAGAUCCUCCUUUUUUCAUGCAUUCAGACUCAGAUUCUUUGUCCCACCUGAGCACAGUAACAUCACCUCUGCCUCCUGGAUCUCCAAAAUACACUUUGAGUGCAACAGCUUUGCACAGUGACCCCUGGAAUACUUGCAUGUUCCAAAAUGAAACUAACGCCAGCAGUUCUUGUCAUCCAAGUAAUGAGUUCUUAAACACUGAAGAGGAUGACAACUUAACACUCACGCCAUCUUCAGCUGUCCACUCCCAGCUUCCGUCUGCCGAUAAUAGUUUGCCGGAAUACAAUAUUUCAGUGACAUGCAUGGAAGAUCCUGUGGUAUUCUCCAAGAUUAGGCAGAAUUUGAGAGAAAAACAUGCCCGGCAUAUUGCUGAUCUACGGGCUUAUUAUGAUUCAGAAAUUCAAAGCUUAAAACAGCAGCUGGAGGCAAGCCAUAAACCUCAUUCAGAAGACUUUGAGAAGAUCAAUCAAAAUCUUACUGACAGAUGUGACCACUUACAGGCAGCAUUGGAUAAAGCUAAUAAUCGCAUGAGAGCACUUGAAGAUAAAAAUAGCACUCUGGAAACAGAAGUGACAGACUGGAAAGAGCGCUUCUGUGCUGUCAGCAAUACCACCAAGGCCUUGCAGGAACGUAUUGAAGAAAUGCGCACCAGUGGUAAAGAGAAAGAUAACACCAUCAGCCGCCUGAAGAGGAGGCUUAAAGAUCUAGAAGAAGCAUUUGAAAAAGCCUACAAGCUCUCAGAUAAUAAAGAUGCCAAGUUAAAGGAAGAAAAUAAAAUGUUCCAAAAUCUUUUAGGAGAAUAUGAAUCCCUUGGGAAGGAGCAUGAAAGAGUAAAGGAUACCUUAAACAUCACUGAGAACAAAUUGUUGGAUGCACAAACUCAGAUUUCUGAUUUGAAAAGAACUGUCUCAAAACUUGAAGCUCAAAUCAAGCAGUUAGAACAUGAAAACUUGCUCAAAUUUCGUCAUUUUGCAGACAGUCACUUCAGAACAUCCUAUGCCAAUUUUCUGCCUAGAAGCCAGCUAGCAAGCUCUGAUGUCAGCAGAAGGAAAUGGUUGAUACCAGGAUCAGAGUAUUCAAUCUUCACAGGCCAGCCGUUAGAAGCCGAAGAGAGCUCCAAAGAUAAUCGUUUGGAAGAAACAUACACUUCUUGCAGAUACCAUACACCUCCAGAAAAGGAUUCUUCCCCAGACCCAUCGCUGACUAGUGAAAUUUCAAAAAAAGAAACCCAAGUCCCAGAAGCGCCCAUCAUAAAAGCCUUUAAAGAACUUGAAGGAAGGAAGACGUUGAAAAACUGGGCCACUCAGACAGAGAAAGAGGAAGCAGCUGCUCCUACAAAAGCAACCACUCGACGUCCCACUGUUGGAUUUGAUGAAACAGCUCUCAGUGCCAGCCGGUCCCCAGAGAAAAGCAAAGACCAACUCAGACACAAAAGAUACAGCUCACCUAAUGGUCAGAGGUCCUCAUCUCUUCCACCUUCAAACAGGAAGUCAAACACUCCAACAAGGAGAGAGAUAAUGCUGACUCCAGUUGCUGUGACCUACAGCCCAAAGCGGUCUCCAAAAGAGAACCUGUCUCCAGGAUUUAGCCACUUGCUCAGCAAAACUGAGAACAUGGUGACAAGAUUUGAUAUUCUGCUUGAUGAGUUGGAAGCUGCUCCCACACCUACAUCGCAAUACAGCAAUCCAAGGAAAAGGCUCCAGUUUUGCUCAGUAGGUGAUACUGAAGGUGGUGGGACAGAACUGGAGCAUGUUGGCCCUGGCAAAGGCAGCCAUGCAAAGCCUUCCUCUUCCACAGAUUCUUUGCAUGCAAGAGCAAAGAUAGGUGUAACAGGGCGAACUUGGGAAGACGAGAGCUCUGUGCAUACAAGCCUGUCUUCAGCAGCACCAGCACCUUAUGAGACAGAGUUCAAAUACAUGUCAAGGAUUAAGACAUUGACUGAAACAGAGAGACUCUUCGAUGAGCUCACACAUGAAAAGCAGCAGAUUGAGUCCCAGCUGAGUCGAAUACCUUGUGCUGGAGGGAGAAUGACUCUGCAGGCAAGACUAAAUCAGGAAGCCUUGGAAGAUCGCUUGGAAAGGGUCAAUAGAGAAUUGGGCUCAAUCCGCAUGAUCCUGAAGAGAUUUCAUGUUUUACGUACCUCAGCAAAUAUUUGAGAUGUCUCUGUUUAAAUUUAGAUAUCCUUUUGUUUGCACUAAAAGUAUAAUAAUUAUGCACUCUGAAAAUGCAAGUGGUUUUGUAUCUUUUGUAAGCCCUGUGCAGCAGUUUUGCAAUCAUGUUACCCUUUACACACUAUUUUGUAUUGAGCCACAUAUAUUUUAAAACCUAUUUUUGUUACACCUGAAGGGAUCAAUCUGACAAUUCUGUAUUUUGCUACUUUUGAAGAAGUGUUAAUAGUUUUUUUGAAACCUUGAACAUGAAUUCUUUAUAAGAACAGGAGCAGCUUAUUUUCAAAAUGUGAUCAUGUUGAAAUCGAUUUUGUGGUGCACCAGGCUCAGUGUUUUCAUAGAGCUUGUAGCCUGUCUUGCAAAGUAGGUUACAGUGAAGUAUUGAAUUUUUAUUUAUGCUAAACAUGACACACACAUAGCUUCUCAUUGUGAAGUGCUACACCAAUGCUACACACCUUGUAGUUCAGAAAUUGCAUAUCCUUUCUUCAACUUCUUGCUCGGUUGCAGCACAAUAUUUUCCACAGCUGCACAAGUCCAGUUUGCAAAUGUCAGUUUAAAUAACAGUAUGCACAGCAAGGGGUUUUAGAAAGGCAAAAAUAAUGUUUCUCUUUUUUUUAAAGAGUUUUUAUUUUGCAUGUUUUGUCACUGAAAUAUUAAUUAAAACUGAAUUGUCUAAAA